AUGCCGUUCAUAGGAUGUCCCUCCCAAACUGCACCGGAGGGGCCGCAGGAAAGCGGUGGAUCAGCUUGCAAUUGGCAGACAGGCAACACUAUAUCCAACUUGUCAGGGACCGCAGUAACUCCAGAUAACAAAACGAUUGCCCCGGCAGAUAUAGACCCAGACCUGUAUGGCGAUUACAUGAACAGCACCGCAAGCGAUGAUGACAAGGCAAAAUGCAUGAACCCGGCCGCCCACCAACUCAACAUGUGCUGGGAAGUUCUCAACGUAACCGGCUACAUAACGGACUGGGUAGCCUUCAACCAAAAGCAAUGCGAUGACGAAACCAUGGGUUUCGCCGACUGCUUCCUCUACAUCGAGCUCGGCGGCGGCGCAAACUGCAGCUCCUUCACCGGCCGCUCCCAAUGCCCAGCCCCCGACAUCCACGCCUACGCGGGCAAAAAGCACGGCCCCCAAGCCUUCUACGUCGCCUUCAACAUCUGGAACCUGCAGAACUGGUUCUUCACCUACUACCUCGCGAUCACGGCCGCCAACGGACUCACAUCCGACAACAUCGCCGCGAUCUGCAAGCUGCUCAACCUGCCCCUCCCGAAACCGUUCCCGCUGCUCGAAAUCCUCUCGGUCAUGGCGUUCGCUCUGGGCCUGAUCUCCCCGAGCGGCUACGGCGCGCUCAUCCCCGCCCUCGGCGAGGCGGCGCGCCGCAACCUCUUCACUCAGAUCGAGGUGCCGGGCGAAUACCUCCUGCGCGGGGUACAGCAAGCGCCGACGCUGGCACGCAACCUACUAGCAACCGGCGACACGAGCGAGACGCAAGUGCAGAUCAGCAACAUCGGCGCGGGAUUAGCACAGAUCGUAUCGCAGCUGCAGACGAACGUGCAGAACGCGAUAAUCGGGGUGAUGGGUAAUUUCACGCUCUUCAUGGCCUUUGCAAGCGACGGGUUUUUCUCCACUCAGAUCCAGAAUCUGAACACGAUCACGCAGAAUGUGACGAUGGCGCUGCAGACGUAUGUGGUCAGCCAGGCGCUGCAGGAUGAUAGCGUGAUUAUCACACGCGCGGUCGACACGGACGUGCACGCUCUGGCGACCAACGGGUCGGAGUUGACGUACGAUAUUGGGUGCACGCAGGGCUACGAUUCGUGGGGAAUCUGCGAUAAUUGGUGGUAUGACAGCGACGCCAACAUCUCGUACAACCUGGAAAACACGAAGAGCACGGGGGUCAAUUAUACAGAGGCGCUGGAGAAGGUGUUCGCGCAGGGGAUCACCACGCCGCAGAUGUUGUUCCAGGGGAGCCAGGUGUGCGCGGACGCGGCGGGGGGGACGCAGGGAAACGCGCCCGGGACAGGGCUGAGUACGGAUGUCGGCGUCUGGAACGCGGAGUGUGUGAGUAAUAUGAAGAUCUGUACGUGGGAGACGGUGGCGUUUUCGCAGCAGAUGGAGUACACGGAUUGUGACCACGAGUGGGAUUUUGCGCUUGAGGAGUGCGGAGAUGGUGAGGAUCUGCCGCAGGCGAGGAUGCCGUAUGGGUAUCUGGGGAGCUGGCUGACGUCGGGCGAGUAUGAGGGGAAUGUUUGUAAUUAA